GAACUUCGUACCCCACAUGUCCGAGACUCGCUCGUUGACCUACUUCGACGUCACCAUCGGCGACCGGCCUGCGGGUCGUGUCGUCUUCCAGCUGUACGAUGACAUCGUCCCGAAGACUGCCGAAAACUUCCGUGCACUCUGCACUGGCGAGAAGGGUGUCGGAAACUCAGGCAAGCCCCUGCACUACCAGGGAUGCAACUUCCAUCGUGUCAUCAAGGGAUUCAUGAUCCAGGGCGGCGAUUUUACUAUGGGCGACGGACGCGGUGGCGAGUCGAUUUACGGAGAGAAGUUCGAGGACGAGAAUUUUGACGUGAAGCACACCAAGCCGUUCCUGCUGUCCAUGGCAAAUGCAGGACCUGGCACAAACGGCUCGCAGUUCUUCGUCACAGCCGCGCCCACGCCGCAUCUUGACAACAAGCAUGUCGUGUUCGGCGAGGUCAUUCGCGGAAAGUCGAUAUUCCGUGCUAUCGAAAACCAUCCUACCUCCUCUGGCGAUGUCCCCACUGAGCCGUGCACCAUUGCCGCAUGUGGUCAGCUUGACUCAUCGGAUCCCUCGCUGUCGGAGAGUGCAGCGGCAGCAGCGGACGGGGACCCUUACGAAGACUACCCUGAUGACCAGGAUGCAUUGAGCGACGGCAAUGUGCAGGAGAAGCCCGAGGUCGCCCUCCGCGUUGCGCGCGAGAUCCGGGAGAUCGGCAACAAGCUCUUCAAGGAGGGUAAGACCGAGACAGCACUCAACAAAUACCAGAAGGCGCUCCGCUACCUCGAUGUGCACCCUGUCCUGCCUGAGGACGCCCCACCAGAGCUCCAAGACUCGUAUAACGCACUACUCGCGCCAUUGCUGCUCAACUCCGCGCUCGCUGCGAUCCGUGUGGGGCAGCCGCGUCUCGCGAUCAGCAGCACAACACGUGUGCUCGACCGGCUCGAGCUGAACGAUGCGGAUAAGGCUAAGGCUUUGUACCGUCGCGCGCUGGGCCACAGUGCGCUCAAGGACGAUGAUACGGCUGAGGCGGACCUCGUCGCCGCGCACGAGCUCGUCAAGGAUGAUGCAACGAUCGUCGUCGAACUCGAGAAGGUGCGUGCGCGCAAGAAGGAGAAGCGCGACAAGGAGAAGAAGGCGUUUAAGAAACUCUUCGCGUGAGCCCUGGCCUGCAGCAGACUCUCCGUAGAUGCAAACGACAAUCGCUGCAUGUAUAAUAAUAGUGUAUUUUGGUUAAAUUGGUGGUACUCGGCCUUAUGACAACAAGAAUGCAAC